AUGAAACUCUCCACUUUGACACUCUUGGCUCUGACUACAGGUGCUAUAAGUGCACCAGUUGUCGAACGAGGAGAACAUGUCGAAUACCGCUAUUAUGAAAGAAAGAAUGGCGGUGAGUGGGUGCUAAUCGAAUAUGAUCCGCGAUGCCCUCCGGAGAAACCAGUGCAACCCAAGCCCGUGGUUUCUUACCAUGAGCCCAAGCCGUACCACCCCGAGCCAAAGCCAAAGCCACAUUAUUACAAGCCUGAGCCUAAGCCUUACCACCCCAAGCCUUACUAUCCUAAGCCAGAACACAAGCCUGAGCCGAAGCCGUAUCAUCCAAAGCCCUACUAUCCCAAGCCGGAACACAAGCCUGAGCACAAACCAAAGCCCUACUAUCCCAAGCCUGAGCACAAGCCAAAGCCUCAUUAUCCUCCUCCGAAGCACAAGCCUGAGCACAAGCCUGAGCACAAGCCAAAGCCUCACUAUCCUCCUCCGGAGCACAAGCCUGAGCACAAGCCAAAGCCUCAUUAUCCUCCUCCGGAGCAUAAGCCUGAGCACAAGCCAAAGCCUCAUUACCCUCCUCCGGAGCACAAGCCUGAGCACAAGCCAAAGCCUCACUAUCCUCCUCCGGAGCACAAGCCGGAGCACAAGCCAAAGCCUCAUUACCCUCCUCCGGAGCACAAGCCUGAGCACAAGCCAAAGCCUCAUUAUCCUCCUCCGGAGCACAAGCCUGAGGCUAAGCCUUACGCACCUCCUAACUAG